AUGGCUUCCAGCGGGGUUGCAGUGAGCACUGCGGGCUCGGCAAAUAAAGCUCCUGAAAUUCCAGACAACAUGGGAGAUUGGCUUGGGGGCAUCUAUGGCUUUGCCACUGAUAGGAAUGAUUUCCGGAGGAACUUGAUCCUUAAUUUGGGACUCCUUGCUGCGGGAGUUUGGCUGGCCAGGAACUUGAAUGACACUGACCUUAUGGCACCUCAGCCAGGGGUGUAGCUAAGUAGACAAAUGGAAUCCUGUGUUGCACCUGAACCUUCCAAAAAUAGAGCCUACAAUCUGUGACCACCACAAGAUACGUCCUGAUGGCAGCUGAAAUGUGAUUCAGGUGGGCACCUUCCCGUUCCCUGCUUGGUUUCCUUUUGUUCCCGAGUCCACUCAGAACUCCAUUCUCUGGUCAGCAGUCAGGCUUCAGCUAAAGCAUUGCCUCUGUUCUGUAAAGUUCUGUACAUAGGUUCCUAAGUUUCUGCAGAGGGUGAUCUUUGCUCCUGUCCUGAGAAAUAA